GCGACGCUUAGUAAAAGCCGACCGUCCGUGGCAAACGCAACCGCACCCUGUUGUCGAUCCCCCAAAGAGAACAUCGAACAUCGAAAAGGGGAGCCAAGAACUUUACACUGCCAUUCACGAUUCAAAGUUUGACUAUUUCAAAAUAUCUAACAUCUUCACCAACAUAUUUUUGCCAACAUGCCACGGACAUUACCUAAAAGUACCGGACAAUUAACAUCCAGAGGACCGAUGGAAAGAAGGAGACCGCCAUUACUCAAAGGAACAAGUAAAAUAAAAGAGUCUGAACGUAAAGCUAGUAAAAUGGAUCCCACAUAUAGUACAGUCAGUUGUCCUGAGGAUGACGAAGAAACACUUUCACCGGAAGCUUUAGUAAGACAAAAUUAUGAAUUGAGACAUCGAUUGGAAGAAGAAGCGGCAUGUUACAAAAGACGUUUAGAUACAUAUCGUCAAGCUCAGCAACAUCAAGCCGCUCUUGUUUCUCGUUUACAAGCUAAAGUUUUACAGUAUAAACAAAGAUGCUCAGAAUUAGAAAAUGUUAUGGCUGAAACUGCUGCGAUAGACAAUAGUAAAUUACCUAUUCAACCGCAAAGUACAUCUGCAUUAGAUGUCGCACACCAAACGCUUAGAGAAAUGCGCGAAGAGCAAAUUCAUGAUUUAGAUACCGCAUUAAAUAAACUUGCAGAAGAACGUAAAAAAUGUGAAAAAUUAUUAGAACUAAAUACAUCUUUGAAAGAUCAACUGGAAGAGACUAGUCAAACUAAUGAAGCUUUAACAAACGAUCUUCAAAAACUUAGUAAUGAUUGGGACGUUUUACGAGAAGAAUUGACCAUAAAAGAAGAAGAAUGGAAAGAAGAAGAACAAGCUUUUAACGAUUACUAUACUUCUGAACAUAACAGAUUGUUAAAUCUUUGGCGAGACGUUGUAUCUGUAAAAAGACUAUUCGCAGAUAUUAAAUCUUCUACAGAUAGAGAUUUAUCAAAAUUAAGUAAUCAAAUAACAUCUACUACUAACGAUAUUGUCUCCACUUGUAAUAAUACAAGUAUUUUUAUGAAGAUGCAAGCAAAUUUAAUUCAACCAUCGGUCGCUCAGCAAAUUCAUGAAUCGCAGAUAGUAAUGGAAAUGAAGUCAGAAAUGGGAUCGCUAAAACAACAGUAUGAUGUUGCACAAAAUGAAAUCCGAAUGAAAGAUGACAGAAUUAAUCAAUUGAUCCGUGAAAUACAUGCACUGGAAGAAAGAUGCGGAGAAGCAGAAGCACAAACAAACAAUAUAACACGUAUGCAAGAAGACAUAGAAGUUUUGCAAAAUGCGUUACGGGAUAUAGCUCAUACUGUUAUUCAAGAUGCUGAGACACGUGAUAGUGAAAAUACGCAACCUCCUCCUCAUGUUCAUUUGUCACCUACUGGACCAAUUCCUCAAAGAUCACCAAGGCGAGGAGGGAGAGCUAAUACCAUUCCAGCUUUCGCAGAGAGUACUAUCAGUGCUGUUCAAGCUGCAUUACAUAAAUAUCAGUUAACGAUACAUGAUCUACAAGUAAAGUUACAAACUCAUAAAGAACAAUUAUCAUCAUUCCGUAAACAAAGUGAAAAUGCUGAAGAAAAUGUUCGAACUUUGCAAGUUAAAGUUACAGAACUUGUUGAGGAAUUGGAUUCAACGCGUUCUCAGUGUACACAACUUGUACAAGAGAAAGAAGUUUUACAAAAAAAUUUAGAUACUAUUAAAAUGGAGAAAAAUGUAUUAGAAAAAAAUAGAAUGGAAAUUAAUGCUAUGGUUGAAACAUUAAAUGCGGAUUAUGACAAAAUACAAAAGGCAAAUAAUAAAUUACAAAAAAUGUGUGACAGUUUAGAAGAUGAUAAAUUGUAUCUUCAAGGCGAAUUGGAAAGAUUAUCAAAAGAUGCGGAAUUACGCGAAUUAAGUCUUCGUUCAGAAGAAAACAGAUGCAGCAAAAUGAGAGAAGAGCUUUUAACGUUACAAGAAGAAUUAAAUAAAACGUACUUAAAAAAGGAUAUGCUAGAACAACAAAAAUUAGAGACAGAUGCAUUGAUUUCACAAAUAGAGAAAAGUAAAGGAGAUCUUGAGUUAGAAUUAGAGCACUUGUUAUUAGAAAAAUCUGAUUUAAAGGAAGUAUUGUUAAAAUUAGAGUCAGUUUGUUCAAAUCAUGAACAAGAUAAACAAAGAUUGCAAGAAGAAUUAAAAAAGACUACAGAAGAGAAAAAUAAACUUGCUAAUCAAUGUACGGAUCAACAAGGAGAUUUAGGUUCCUUAAGAAAAGAAUUAUUACAAGCAGAACAAACGCGCUUAGAUUUGGAAUCCGAUAAAGUUACACUUAAUGAAAAAGUUAAAUUUUUAGAAAUUGAAAAAGAGAAAAUAGAAAUGGAAUUGAGUCAAGUAACUCGUGAACGCAGUGAUUUAAGUAAUCAGCUUUCUGUACUUGCACGAAAAAAAGAAACGUUGAACGAAGAAUUAAUGAGAGUUAGACAGAGAUUAGAACAAGCUAAUGAAAUGAAUUCAAGAAUCAAUAGAAGUUUGGAAGAUCUUGUAAAAGAUAACGAAGAAAAACAAGUACUCUUAGAAACAAAUGAGAAAGAACUUCAAAGAUUACAAGAACAAAUAGCUUCGAUACGUUCUGAGAAAGAAACUUUGGAAGGAGUUUUAUACGAUACUCAAACUAAUUUGGAAUCAACGCAUAUAAAAAAGUCUCAAUUAGAAAAAGAGCAAAAAGAAUUGUUAAUAAAACAAGAAACUUUGAAAGGACAUAUCGGAAGAUUAUCUAAGGAUUUGGAAAAUAGUCAAAAGCAAUCACAAGAUAUCAAACAAGCUUUAGCACAACAAUGCUGUGACCAAGAAGCCAAUUUUCAACAAGCUCUCUUCAAUUUAAAAAAACAGAAUGAAGAAAACGUCAAAAAAUUGAACGAAGAGAAGGAACAAUUGAAGGUAACGUUAGAAAAAAGACUGCAGCAAUCUUUGUCACAACUCGGUGGAGAAAAAAAUGACGAAAUUAAUCAAUUGCAACAACGAGUUCAGGAAUUACAACAGCAUAUUGAAAAUUUAUGUCAACAGCACGAAGAAGUUUUACUCAGAGCUGAAAACGAUAAACAGCAAGCUCUUUUAAUUGCUCAUCAUGAUCAACAAGCAUUGAUGGAGAAAUUAGAGAACGCCUUGCGCGAAUUGGAAGAAGAAAAGGGAAACUUAGAACGUUUGAAAAGAGAUACCACAAUCCGUAGCGAACAAGAUCGUAAUAAUCUUAAUCAAUUACGUGAUAAUUUGAAUCGUUUUAAAACAAAAUUAGAUGAAACGAAAUUGAAGGGAGAUGAAGAUAAAUUGAAGCUCGAAUUAAAGAUCGAAGAACUUUUGAAAGAACGCGAAUCCGUUCAAAAAGAAUCAGAGGAACUCAGAGUUCAAUUACAUAUGGCCGAAGAUAAAUUGGAUGGGCUUCAUAAUCAGUUGCAUGAAACUGUUAGAAAAUUGAAAGACUAUGAAAAUGUUAAUGAUACGUUACGUAAAGAAUUAGUGGACGUUAGACGACAAUUAACAGAUUCAACAUUUGAAAAAGAAAAAUAUAAUACAAGUAAUAAAGAAUUGAGAGAACAUAUUAAACGUAUUGAAGGUGAGAAACGUGAACAAGGAAGAGCUUUAGAAGAAACGUAUCAAAAAAUUGCAGCAUUAGAGGAUGCAAAAACAGGAAUGGAAACGGAAAGAUCUCGUCUUCAAGCUCAAUUUCGAGAUAUGGAACGUGAUUUGAUACAAGUGCAACAACAACUUCGUCUUACUCAAGAUGAGUUACAAAAAUCUACUGAAAAUAAUGCACAGGCACAGAAUAAUGAAAAAGAGUUACAAGCUAGAUUAGCAAAUGAAACGGAAGAAAGGGAACGUUUACAACUUCAAUUACAUCAAGUUAAAAAACAGGUAUUGGAUUUGGAUAAUAGUUUAGAAGUAACCAGACAAGAAUUAGGUAAAUUACGAUCACGUUCAGAUGAAGAGGAUGAAAGAUGGAGAUCACGCGAACAAGAAUUAUUAUUACGAUUGGAAGAUAGUCGUUGUCGUGAAAGAAAACUCGAAGAUCAAAAGCACAAUUUAGAAGUUUGCUUAGCUGAUGCUUCUCAACAGAUUCAAGAACUUAAGGCACGUCUUGGAGGAUCUGAAGGAAGAGUAAGAGCUUUAGAUGCACAAUUAUCUCAAUUAGAAGUUGCUAAAAAAGAAGUGGAACAAAAACUAAGUAGCAUUGGUUUAACGUUGCGUCGUAUCGCUGGUAUUCAAAUGGACGGUUCUGUAAAUAUGCCUUUUAAAUUGAUGAGCCCAUCGAGGAGAUGGAGUCCUGCGAGAGGACACGAACACGGUGAUUCUAGUAAAGAUAUUGUGAUCGAUGUUGAUCCAGAAGCUGUAAGAAGAGGCAUGAGAUCUCUUAUGCAACAAGUAGCUCAAAUUGAACGUGAAAGAGAUGAUUAUAAAACGGAAUUGUCCAGUGUAAAAACACAACUUACCGAGUAUCAAGAAAAUCAAAAUAAAGUGGAUGAAAGAUUAAAUAAUUUAUUAUCAAGUAUCAGGACAAUGCAAGAAGAAAAAAAUUCUUUGGAAGCUAGAAUAUCCCAGAGAGAAACAAGUCAUCAAAGUCAAAUGGAUAUUUUGCAACAGAAAACGGAUGAGUGUGAUCAGCUUCGUGAAAAAGUUAUAAGUCUUGAAAUGAUUGUUAAUUCUGAUACAGAAGAAAAGAAUUUAUAUGAAGAAAAACUAGAAAAGAUGAAACAAACGUUGAACAGAAUGGAAAAUGAAAGACGUAAUUUACAAGAAGAACUCAGUAAAAGUGAAGCUCGUGCUACUAAAUUGGAAUUACAAAGAAUGUCAUUAGAUGGAGAUCUUCAAAGAUUACAAAUGAUGCUGCAAGAGAGGGAAGCAAAUGUUCAGAAAUUACAAGAUCGAUGUGAAUCACAAAAUCGUACGACUGCUGGUUUAGAAGAACGUUGUGCGUCUUUAAAAUCUACGAUAGAACAAUUGAAUCUUGCAUUGGAAAAAUCAUUUAACACGGAAAGUGAAUUGAAAAAUGAAAUUAAUCUUUUGCAACGUAAUCUCAUGGAAUCUACUACCUGUUCUCAAAGUAAUAAUGAAAAAUUGAAACAGUUGCAGAAACAACUUUCCAAUACUGAAAAUGAACGCAGAGUUAUGGCUGAACGUUUGGAUUCUGUUCAACAAUCUUUAAGUGAUUUAAGACACAUGAAUCAAAAUCUUCAAGAUCAAGUAGCCAGAUUGCAAACUGAAUUAGCUAAUAACGAAGUCCAACGAUCAGGAUUAGAAGCACAAUUGAGAUUAACUAAAUGGCCACAAGAAGGAAGUGCAGAUAAAGAUGAAGAUUUGAUGAGACAAUUACAAAUUAUUCAACGAGAAAAAAGUGAAAUGCGAGGAAAAUUAGACACACUUAACGAUAAGGUGAAGUUAUUAGAAACCGAAAAACGUAGUCUAGAAACUCAAGUAUCAACUUUAAAAUCAGUUGGUACACGUAGUAAAAGUUAUGAACGUCCCGAGAAGGCACAUAUCGAAUUAUUAGGAAGUUCUUACAGUUUUGACAAUUUAGAGCAAGAAAAUAGAGAAUUGAGAUUAAAGAUUCGAAGAUUAGAAACACAAUUGGCAGAGAAGGAAGCUGAACUUAUAAGAACUAAAUCUGUCUACACGCAUUCGCAUUCUGCAUUAGAAUCUAGUAGAGACAGAACAGGAGAAAUAGAACGAUUAAGAGCAGCUCAACUACAAGCUGAAAAGUUAUUAGAAGCGAGAGAACAAAGUCAUCGUCAACAAAUUAUACGUCUUGAAAAUCAGAUUCAAUUAUUGCGAGAGCAAUUAAAUCAAGAAAUUAAGAGACGUCAAUUAUACGUUCUUAGAAGUUCAAGAGCUGGUAGAGAAAUGCAACAAUUAAGACAAGCGUUGGGUGAUUCUUUAAGAACUGUAGCACAAGAUCCAUCUCUCGAUGCAGUACUUUUAGAACACGAAGCUCGUAAACUAGAUAAUACUCUGACGAGUACAACUAGUUUACCGCCAUCAUUGGCAUUAGCUCCAUCAUCAGCGUAUGAUAGAUCUUCCACUCCAUCGCGAUUAGAAAAAACAUAAAUUUUGACUGAACAAAAGUAACAAAAAAAAAAAAAAUCAACUGCCAUUGUUCAAGAGAAUAUAUUCAGGGGAAAUAGUAUAAUGAUCUUUCAUAUAUAUGUAACUGUUGUUUGAUAUUCUCACAAAUAUUUAGUCGUAAUUAGAUUUAGAUUUAGAAUGUAAUAUCCAUUGAUAGUGCUUACAUUCUGUUUAGGCCAUUUAUAUCUUAACAAUGAAUAUCAUCUUAUUGGUAUUCUAUCAUCUUUAAGUAUAAUGAUUCUUAAGUGAACAAAUUUUAUUUACAAUUAGAUGAACGUCACUUUUAUAAAAUGAAUUUCAUAUAAUAUUAUACUUCCACGAAAACUGGGUUAAAAGUUACGUUAUAAACGAUAGAAAAUAUUAGGUCUCAAAUCAAGUGUUUUUGAAAAAUAUAUACACAUAUAUAUGGUUUGUCGUAAGUUACAAACAUAUUAGAAUUAACAGAAUGCUAUUAUCGUUCGCUGAGAUCAAGAUUUUUAUAGCAUUAUUUAUAUUAUUACAAUUUUUUAAUUUAUGUACUUAUAUACAAAAAUUAUAUUAGAUCAAAAAGUUUUUAUAAAUGUGAUAGAUGGGACAUGGAAGCUCAUCGUAACGUUUAACCGUCCAACAGUUGUAUUCUUAAUAUAUUUACAAUUUAUAAUAUAUAUUACUAUUUAAUCAUUAAUUUUUAUUUGAAAAUAUUUAAAAACAUUGAAAACUUAUUAAAAUUUUAAAAAAAUCAUGUAGGAGUUUAUAAUAUGUCAAAAGAGGGCAGUGCCUACAACAGAAUAUACCAUAACAGUAAGAAUUAAAAUGCUAUGUUUAGUCUCUAAUCGAGACUAAACAGUUACCAAACAAAAGCAUUGUAGAAGAUUGCUUCUGAUUAUAUAUUAGGUGAAAAUUAGGGUAUUUUACACUAGGAAAAUACUACAAGUGAAAAUGUAGAUUGCAAAGAAUGGAUUGUGUCUGUUCUUUAUAAUUAAGAAUAUAGACAUUCAGUCCAGAGAUGGAAGAAUAAAUCUAGUUCGUUUAAA